CGCCGUAUAUGUUCGCUACUAGAAAAGUGGAGGGAGUACCAAUGGAGAGGUGUACCGGAAGGCCGGGUGUACGUCUUCCUGGCUGACAACAAAAACAUCAUGGACGGCUAAAAAAAAUCACGGGAGUGUAUCUGAAGUACAAAUAUGGGCCCGACAGCUGGGGGAGACGGAUUAGGAAACGACGUCGGCUUGUGUAGCGCCCCUGCCACUGUUGGACCUUAAUGGUGGAACAUUCGGGUGCGUUCGCACCACGGAGUGGAACCUUUUGUUCGUCUUUUCCCCCCCCCAUGGACACAAACUGGACUUCCCCAUGUGUUCUUCGUCGUGGUCCCCUAACCGAAUGCACCCACAGCGGUAGCUUUUUUUCUUUCUUUCGUGUGUGACGAGUGACAGCAGUCAUGUUUGCCGUGCGCAUUGUCACAGCAGACUACUACUUGGCGAGUCCGAUUCAAGACCUGGACGUGUGUUACUCGGACUUCCGAGAAAGCGGCGUCAAGAAGGUGCCGGUGGUGCGAGUAUUUGGGGCAACGCCUGCAGGCCAGAAAACAUGUCUCCACCUUCACGGCGUGUUCCCGUAUAUCUAUAUUCCAUACGACGGUCAUGGACAGCAACCAGAGCGCUACCUCCGUCAGGUGGCCUUCAGCAUUGACAGAGCCCUGAAUGUUGCCAUGGGAAACCCCGCUUCCAAUGCCCAGCACGUCUUCAAGGUGGUACUGGUUUCUGGCAUGCCUUUCUACGGCUACCACGCCAAAGAGAAGCACUUUAUGAAGAUCUAUCUGUACAAUCCUCAGAUGGUCAAAAGGGUUUGUGAGCUGUUGCAGAGUGGAGCGGUGAUGAACAAGAUUUCCCAGCCCCACGAAGGCCACAUCCCUUACCUGCUGCAGCUCUUCAUCGACUAUAACCUGUACGGCAUGAACUUAAUCAACCUCGCAGCCGUCAAGUUCCGCAGGAGUCUCAACAAAAAUGAUGCGCCAGCAGACCCAGGCGGGCAGACUCCCAGCAGUCAUUCCACCAUCAGCCCCUGGAGGUGUCCCUCCACUUCCAAACUAAAUGACAGCACCCUUGGGGGCACCUUUGUUCGCUGGGAAGAGAGCGCCAUUCCUUGCUCCCUGGUCCUGGAGGAGGUGGAGAGGCAGAGCACCUGUGAGCUGGAGGUUGAUGCGGUUGCUGUAGAUGUCCUUAACCGUCUUGAGAUUGAAAAUCAGCUUGGAAGGAACCCAGGUCUACAAGGUAUCUGGGAAGAUGAGAAGCAGCGGAGAAGAGAAAAGAACAAGGACUCUCAGAUAGAAACCCCAGAGUCACAAGAUCGUGAGUUUGUCUCUUCAACAGAGAGUGAGCAAAUCUUCCUGAAUAAAUUGAAGGACAUUCUGAAGGACAAGGAGUUUGACGUGACCCAGGCCUCCACUAUUGAGGAUGGAGAGGAUUUCAGUGAUCUUACCCUCCAUUCUUCUCUCCAUUUGACACCAGAGGAUGUUCAGUGUACACCUGCUUCAGCUGUGGAGGCGCACAAGGACUCUGAGCCAGCAUUUGUGAGAAGUAGCGGUCAAAUCCCAGAAGAGGCUGUUGUUGACGAGGGGGCCAUUUUAAGUGUCCUGGAGAACAGUCAGAACUUUGCACAGCACUCUCAAACGGCCAAUAACUCCUCCCCACUAGAUAGCAGCCAAGAACGAGCCAUCGUCGAUUUGCUGGCAGGCCUAGCAGAUGAUGGUUUUUCCUGGACUCCCGUUUUGCACAGUUCACAGUCCCAGUCCCAUGCUGGUGCUCAGAGCUACCACUACAACAGUGACGAAGAGGAGGCAAGACCAGAGCUGGACAAGGAAGAAGCAGAGCUCAGCGUGACAAUGUCACAGCAGUGGGACAAGGAGCCACCUGAAAGCUCAUUUUUGCCAAGGCCUGGUGUCAAGGAGACAGAGGACAGCCUCAGUGAUGAGCAACAGGAGUCUUCUGACGAAGACAAUGAAUGGAGUGCUAAUAAUUCUUUAUUUAACCCGUCUAUUCCCCAGCUUGACGGGGCAGCAGACGAGAGCAGCGAUUCAUCGUUGACAGACAAUGGCUCUCGGACGCAGUCUUCUCUCAUAGUCACGGAAAAGAUCAUUGUGAAAAGGAAUCCCUUCCCCGGAGAGAUUGUCCACCUUGAACCCCCAUCCACAGCUAAGAUCUUCCUGGAGUGUAAACUCCCCGAGCACAGACCAGUUCAUGUUCUGGACACGGAGCAACCGCUCGACAAGCACUUUCAGUCCAAGGGCCGUCAGGACGGCAGUAGUGAAUGUUCAGCAGGCCUAAAGGUUAAUAAAGAAAUUCCUUACAUCCCGCCUGUCAAACACCCGAUCCCCUGCAAAACAAUCAGUCACCCGGAGGUGCCUGCCAUGUGCGUCGACGAAGAGGACAUUCGCCCCGUUUACAACUAUGACAAGAAAGCAUCUUUAGCUUUGGAUAACACCGACCUUGAAAGUUUCCAGUUUAGCAACAGUAAGAUCGCAAACAGAAGAAAGAAUUACAGCAGCAUGAAGAAUGUCGAAACCAACUGUCUGUCAAUCCUUCAGAACCACAGAGCCUUCUCUCUCUGCUACUCUGAGCUGAGGAACUGCUCAACCAAGACAGACCUUGAACUUAGCCAGAUGGACAGAAACAGCCCCCUCCUGAGAAACAUUUCCUCAGCACCAUCAGCGCUACAAGAGAAUGUUUUUCCCAAUCUUCAGGAAGGGGAGACUAGUCAAGAUAGUGACGAGGAAGAUGUUGGUGAGCUGAAAAUAAGGUACGAGGACUAUCAGGAAAAUAAAACCGAAAAGACUAUUGUUGCCCAGCAGGAAGCACACUACAAAUUUUUCCCAAGUGUAAUUCUCUCCAACUGCCUAAAUAGGAAGAAAGUUGGCAGCAAAAAGCUCCCUGAGCCAUGCAGCAAGCUGGAGCAGUCCCAAAAUCGAAGGCAGAGGCUAAAAGUCAAUAAAAAGAGAACGACAGGCCCGAGGAACAAGUUAAAUGUGGAUGAAAGCUCCACAUCUGACAGCCAGGUUAGUGUUGGCUGCACCUCUGUCACUCCCGAUCAUCCAGGGAUCGGUGACACAGAGAUGCUCGUUUGUGAGGAGAAUUCUAUCCAAGAGUCCGUCUUAGAUGAUCCGCUCAUAGAGGGAGAGUCGCUCACAAAGGAUGACCCUGAAAUUGUGGAGACAUCCCUAAAGGAACAAACGGAACAGCUUCCAGUGCCCACUGCCAUGGACGCUACCCCAGCUGGCAGUUUUUCAGAGGACGCUACUGACACAACAAUAGACAGUUUAAGUCUCCUGCAAGAUUUAGCUGCUAAAGUCACUUGUACGAACCCCUCUUCCCUGCCUGGAAGUAAAUACACCCUGAGGACCAAACGGAAGAUGAUUUAUGACGGUGACGAAGGGGAAUACAUAGGUGCCACCCGGGCUAAAAACCCAGAACGUCUCAAAGGCCGCAAUGUCCGCAGUGGGCAGGAGCUAAAAUACCAGAAACGACGUAAGAAGGAACCCCCAAUCAUCAUUAAGUACAUUAUUAUCAACAGGUUCAAAGGUCAGAAAAACAUGUUGGUGAAAAUGUGCAAAGUCAACGCGGAGGAACAGAGUGUAACGCUGACAAACGACAAAUUGGACGAGUACAAUAAACUAGCUCCUUUGAAGGAUUUCUGGCCCAAGGUGGAAGAGUCUACUGCGGUUGAGUUCCCGGUGAUGGAGGCCAAGGCAAAAAAACAAUACAAACGGAAGUCUAAAGUCAACUCCACAAAUAAAAAAACUGUGAGCGGCAUCUCCAAAUUUCAAGUCGGAUCGGGUGAAAUUGUGAAAAGAACCAAGGUCUCCGAAAGGAGCCAAUGUUUACCUUCUCUACCACCUCCUCAACCAUGUUACUGUGAGCUGGCGGAUGACCAUAACAAGGAUUAUACUGAUGUUAUGUUGGAGCUAGGCUAUCUAUCCGACAGAGCACCGAGCCCAACGCACUCAACACCUCCUCGCUGCUGGUCUCCGACAGACACCGUCAUGGACACCAGGACUUCAAAGCAACUACUAAACCCACUCAGUGAUCCAUGCCUCGGUUUGGCUCAUCAAAUGACACCGUUUGCAACCAAAAAAGCUAAAAGCAGGUGUAAAACCUCCAAACCUAAAAAAUCAACAAAUUUGAAAAGGAAAGUCAAAACGAAUACUACAGUUCAGCCCCUUGAAGAAGAUCCAAAACAAGAGAAAUUACAAACCAGCAACGCUAAUCCAAGACACAGAAGGAAAGCCGUGGGGACAGUUGAAAAAAUAAACAACUCAGCAACCACCUCAAGACCUAGACCCAAAACAAAAAGGAAGUCUGUGGAUCCCAAAAGUCCGAACGAAAAGAAAGAUACAUCACAGGCACUUUUUCCAGAGGACAAUCCAUCUAAAUCUGAAAAUCCGGUGAAUAUCGAUAACAAUCAAGACCAGACAUCGACAAAACUCACAGUCCAGUCAGUCGAGCCAAAGUUCGAAGACUGUGAGAUUUCUAUCGCGGACACGAACCAAAAGAUGUCGCCGAAUGUUCAGACAAAGCAGCAAGGUUGUCAGACCACUGUAGUAAAGAUAGAAUCUUCCACGGAGGACUUGAAAGCUUCAUCGCAGUCGCAAACACCCUCACCGGAAGACGACCAAGAAACUCAAUCAGCAAAAGCCUCCUCACAGUCAGACCUUAAGAACGGACGGGUUCCCGGUCUCUCUCAGACUCCCUGUAGCUUAUCGGUCCUCAGGAAACUUUACCAAAAGAGUCAACAUAGUCAGUCACAAGUGGACAAUGCGGUCCACUCUAACACUGUCGCAGAUCUGACAACAAAACAAACCAAAUCAAGAAAAGCCACGCCAAGGAAACCCUCGACCGCCAAGUCUGUUACACCCAAGGAUGAUAGACAACCCAGGAUAAGAAAAACCAAGCCAAACAACACCCAGCCUGCUUCGUCGGUAAAAGAUGAGGCCAUCAUGUUAGACGACUGCUUGUUCAUUCCAUCCGACCCAGACAUGGACAGUUGCAACUUGAUAGAAGACAGCUUGUCCCCGGAGCUUCCUGAUAACUGUUCCUUUGACAUAAAUGCCAUUGAUCAGACGGAAUUCUCCAGCCCUUACAGUGGCACCCAGUUUGUCCUGACUGAUAAAAAUUUACCUCUUAAGUUUCUGAGUGACGCCAAUCAGGACUUUGAGAAAAAGUUGGAUAGGCUAUCAGGAUCUGGGGAGGAUCUGAAACCGGAAUUGGACUGGCACAGGUUAAAGCCUUCGAGUACUGAAGAUGGGGAGUGUACACCCAACCACCUCACCUUUACCGACUCUGAGAAAUUCCAGAAGAGAAAUUGCCAAUUGUCUUCAGGCGGUGCCCAAACCCUCAGCCACUUUCAAGACUUCCACUGUGAAAGAAAAGAGCUUCUGUUUUCAGCCUGUGAUCCUGUGCUACCACUGCCUUUAAGCUCCGCCUCGUUUGUCAGCCACGAGGGUUCUCCGACGGGCGACUUUCUGGAAUGCAUGGAUGGAUUUACAUCCCCCACGCCGAGUAGCUCUCCUCGUUCCGUCAGCUCAUUCUCUCAGGUGAGGGCAAGCCAGAUGCUGCGGGGACCAGGGGGAGGAGCCCACUUUCUGAAGCCCCUCAUGUCCGCUCCAAGCAGGGAGGAGAUCCUCAGCACUCUGUUGGACUUGGAGAUAUCAGAGGCCACUUUUCAGGAGCCCUUCUGCAGCGACCCAUCUGAUGCCCCAGGAAAACCAAUGGAGGUUGGUGGUCGUCAGCUAACAGUGGGAACCAGACUCACAAAUGACUUAAAAGAGUUCAGCGGAGAACUGUGUCUAGAGGGUCUGAAUUUCUGGAAGAUGGCCUUCUCGGCCAUGACGCACCCUGCCAACACCCCUGUAUCAUCUCUGCAAGCCCAGAGAGUGCACAGCAGUAAGGAACCGACUAUGAGUGACACAUCCUCAGCCAGCAACAAGCAGGUCAUUCUUCUGCCCUGCAAAAGCGCACCAAGUCGAGAAUGUGUCCAGAUGUGGUUGGAAGCCAGGAAGCAGUACGAAUCUUUGCGAAAAGGCACAAGAGACGCGGAUUUGCUAAAGAAGGAGACGGUGACCGUGCACGGGGAGGCAAGCCCGAGCACAACUGAGUCGGCUGUUCCUAGCUGUUCAACAUCUACAGUAAAUCUGUGUGGAAAGCCCAUCAGAACUCAAAAGAGAAGGAAACGCAACCUAUCACUAAUACUUCCUCCUUCGAGGAGUCCAGGCGACCUGUGUAACUCUGCAGAUGUCAGUCCGAUAUCAAACGAAGAUUCUGUCCAUCUUGAAGAAGAUGAUGAAAAUAGAGAAAAGGAUAAAACCACGUCUCCGCAGUCCCCAGAGCUGCCCACAUGGCAGCAACCCAGCAGUGCCGGGUUGAGUGAAAACUCCCCCGAACCAUUAUCACCUGAACCCUCCUUGGAACGACUGGGCAAGAGCAGCCCCUCAUUUCUCCGCAUCCCAGAAGAGGAGAUGACAAACUCCCAACAUCUUCACAGCACCCCGUGUUUAAAGAGGCACCGGAGAAGCAUUGAAGAUGAUGCGCCUGUAUGUAGCACCCCCAUAUCCCCUGAAGACCCUGUUGCUCAGAGAAUCCAGCAGAGGAGGAGAAGCCAAGCAGAGCCUCUGAGGAGAGUGUUACUUAACACGCAGAUGAAGAACCAUUUUGCUGCUCUGAAUGUUCAGAAGAGAGAGACUUCUCAGAUUGAAGGUCCCAGCAUCGUCAACACUUACGGCUUCAAAGUCAGCAUGCAAAACCUGCAGGAUGCCAAAGCUCUGCAUGAGGUCCAGUACCUCACACUGAUGGGCAUGGAACUCCACGCGCGUACUCGACGUGACCUCGAACCCGACCCUGAGUUUGACCCCAUAUGUGCCUUAUUUUACUGCCUCACUUCUGACGCACCCUUGCCAGACGUAGACUCGUGCCAGUUGACGGGCGCCAUCGUGGUGCAUCAAGACGACGAUGACGGCUGUGACCGAGGUCGAAGAGCAACAGCGCCCCUGCUGGUCAGGUCUGGCGUCUCUGGGCUGCAGGUGACAUACGCUGCAGAUGAGAAGAUGCUGUUUCAGGAACUGGUCGCAAUCAUGAGAAAAUUUGACCCAGAUAUCCUGUUUGGGUACGAGGUGCAGAUGCACUCAUGGGGGUACCUCCUUCAGCGGGCUGCAGUUGUUGGAGUGGACCUCUGUCAGCAGCUGUCCAGAGUUCCCGGUGACUCCAGAGACAACCGCUUCACUUCAGACAGGGAUGAGUACGGGGCGGACACCAUGACUGAGAUAAACAUCAUUGGACGCAUCGUCAUCAACAUGUGGAGAGUCAUGAAAACAGAGGUGACACUGAACAACUACAGUUUUGAGAAUGUGGCCUUCCACGUGCUCCACCAGCGUUUCCCCCAUUACAGCCCCCGCACGCUGUCCGACUGGUUUGACCACAGCACUGACCUCUACAGGUGGAAGAUGGUGGACCACUACGUGAGCCGCAUGCAGGGCACCAUGCGGAUCCUCCAGCAGCACGAUAUCAUCGGCAGAACCAGCGAGCUUGCCAGGGUCUUCGGGAUCCAGUUUUUCCACGUUCUCACUCGAGGGUCACAGUACCGCGUCGAGUCCAUGAUGUUGCGUGUGGCCAAGCCGCUCAACUACAUCCCCGUGACGCCCAGCGUCCAGCAGCGAGCCCAGCAGAGGGCACCUCAGUGCCUGCCCCUGGUGAUGGAACCAGAAUCGCGUUUCUACAGCAACUCUGUGGUCGUUCUGGACUUUCAGUCGCUCUAUCCCUCCAUCGUCAUCGCGUACAACUACUGCUACUCCACCUGCCUCGGCCACAUGGACAGCUUGGGAACGACGGACGAGUUCAAGUUUGGCUGCACCUCCCUGCGGGUUCCCCCGGAGCUCCUCUACCAGCUCCGAAACGAUAUCACCGUGUCGCCCAAUGGCAUCGCCUUCGUCAAGGCGUCGGUGCGGAAAGGCGUCCUUCCCAGCAUGCUGGAGGAAAUCCUCAACACGCGCAUCAUGGUGAAGCAGUCCAUGAAAGCCUACAAGCAGGACAAAGCCCUCAUGAAGCUGCUGGACGCCCGCCAGCUCGGACUCAAACUCAUCGCCAACGUCACCUUCGGCUACGCCGCCGCCAACUACUCCGGACGUAUGCCCUGCGUGGAGGUUGGUGACAGCAUUGUCCACAAAGCCAGGGAGACGCUGGAGAGAGCCAUCAAGCUGGUCAACGACACCAAGAAAUGGGGAGCGCGGGUCGUGUACGGAGACACUGACAGCAUGUUCGUGUUGUUGAAAGGAGCCUCCAAGGAACAAGCCUUCAAGAUCGGCAACGAGAUCGCAGAAGCUGUGACUGCAACCAACCCAAAGCCAGUCAAGCUCAAAUUUGAGAAGGUGUACCUGCCGUGUGUGCUGCAGACAAAGAAGCGCUACGUGGGCUACAUGUACGAGAGUCUGGAGCAGAAGGAGCCCGCGUUUGACGCCAAAGGGAUUGAGACGGUGCGGCGUGAUGGUUGCCCUGCUGUUGCCAAGAUUCUGGAACGUUCCAUCAAGCUGCUCUUUGAGACGCGGGACAUCAGCCAGGUCAAGCAGUUUGUUCAGCGCCAAUGUGUGAAAGUGCUGGACGGCCGCGCCAGCAUGCAGGACCUGACCUUUGCUAAGGAAUACAGGGGCAGCGACGCGUACCGCCCCGGAGCCUGCGUACCCGCCCUGGAGCUCACCAGACGUAUGAUGGCGUACGACCGCCGUCUGGAGCCACGCGUGGGGGAACGCGUGCCCUACGUGAUCAUCUACGGGAUGCCUGGCAUGCCGCUCAUCCAGCUGGUCCGUCGGCCAUUGGACGUGCUGCAGGACGCCAGCCUGCGCCUCAACGCCACCUACUACAUCAGCAAGCAGAUCCUUCCGCCGCUGGCCCGAAUGUUCCAGUUGAUCGGCGUCGACGUGUUCCGCUGGUACCAAGAGCUCCCCAGGAUCCAGAAGGCGUCCUGCUCCUCGGCCUUUGGGGGCGAAGAAGCGGGCAGGAAGGGCACCAUCUCCCAGUAUUUCACCACGCUUCACUGCCCCGUGUGCGACGAGCUCACCCAGCUGGGCGUGUGCUCGCGGUGCCGUGCCGAGCCCCAGCGUGUCGCCGUUGCGCUCCACCAGGACAUGCGGCAGUGGGAGCGAGAGCAGGAUCAGCUACUGAAGGUGUGUAAGAGCUGCAGCGGCUGCCCGGAGCGGCAGGUCCCAUGCGUGUCCCUCGACUGCCCCGUCCUCUACAAGCUGAGCAGGGUCUCCCGGCACCUCUCCAAGGCGCCCUACCUCCGUCAGUUACUGGAGCAGUUCUGAUUGGCCGAAGACAUCAACGGCUCCUUUGGUGCUAUCGGUCCCGCCCCUUUCAUCCUGUCCAGUGUUCCGGUUUGCUCCCUGUGCUUGUGAAUGUUCAAACGCUGCUUCUUCGAACGUUUUGAACAAAUUGUCUUCAUCAUGGAGUCUCUGCUUUUUUAGCUACUGCAGUCUGGUGUAAAUGAUCCAUAAUUCUCACUCUUAUCAGUAUUUAAUCAAUCAAACGCCGGCCAUGAAUGCUGUUUUAAUCUUGAUGACGUCAUACCCGUCUUGUCUGCUCAUACCUUUUUUUUUUUUAAACAGGGACUGUUGCAAUACUGUAUUUUUGUCAAUUCCAUUAUGGAGUGCAUAUAAGUCUUGUGUGUGUGUUUCAAGUUCACUGUGCUGUCAAUCAAACCCUCUCCAGACUCUCUGGUGUGCUUUGUACAAAUGUAAAAAAAUAUGACUAUUGAAGGAGGCGGAGGUCUUCUUUUAUUGGAUAUUGCUGUGGGGGGGGGGUGAACUUGCAGAUUGAUAUAAUAAAAGUGUAUUCAAAUGUCGUUCGAACUUGGCAAAAAGGUUGAACCACGGUGAUAAGACACAAAAUAUACACAGCAAACAAGAGCAAAAAAAUAUCUGCUUUAGUGCACUGUGCACUUAAGUGCACUUAAGCAAUGGAGCCACAAUGGAGCUGUCUGUGCUCACUCAAACCGCAAUGCA